ACACCAUACGAGGGUUCUUUUAAAUUAACCAAAAAAGUUCCAAUUCCCUUGAGAUUCUGAGCAGAAAAGCAAUGGAAAGAAGAUUGAUUUUGAUUUUGGCUCUCUGCAGAGCCAUACCUUGCCAGGGUUACUACUCUCAGAGCAAGCCAUAUGUUCCACCGAGAGAGAAGGUCACCAAACUCCACUUCUUUUUUCAUGAUACAAUUAGUGGUAAAAACCCUACUGCUAUCUUGGUCGCUCGUCCUAACUUCGCCGCUGUCUUCAAGAACACACCAAUACCUUUCGGCAGUGUUUUCGCCACCGAUGAUCCCAUCACCCUCGGUCCUAACUUAACCUCAGGGGUCAUUGGGAAUGCUCAAGGCAUCUGGGCUUCCACCGGCCAAGAUGUGUUGACUUUAGUGGUUUACUGGGAUGUAGGGUUCACUCAAGGUAAAUUCAACGGUAGCUCUAUCACCAUGUUCUCGAGGAAUCCUAUAGCGCAGAUGGAACGUGAAGUUGCUGUGGUAGGCGGAAGAGGAAAAUUCAGGAUGGCGAAAGGAUUCGCACAGCUUAAAACUUACUUCGCAGAUUUCACCACCGGCGAUGCCAUCGUGGAGUGCAAUGUUACCGUCAUAUAUCACAGAGUUUAGAUUUUUGUGAGCUCUGUUUUGUAUGCUUAU